AUGGCGGAUCACGACACCCUAAUCAGCAACUUUUGCGAGUUGACCAACGCUUCGACCGAGCAGGCCACCGAAUACCUAACCGCCAGCAAAUGGGACAUUGACGGAGCCGUGACCUCCUACUAUGCCGACAUCGAAGAAGGCGGCAACCAACCGGCCGCAUCAACCAGUGCUUCAGCCGCCGAAGCCUCUUCAGAGCCAGCCUACACCGGCCCGCGAACCCUCGACGGUCGUCCGGCGCCCCAAUAUGCAGGCCCAUCUUCCGCAGCGUCGUCUUCCCGCAAGCCGCAGAAACGCACCGGUCUCGCAACAUUGAGCUCCAUUGGCGGCGGUGGAGGUGGUCACGGUCACAGUCACGGGCAUGACGAUUCGGAGGGCGACGAAGACUAUGAUGAUGAGGACGACGAGCGGCGUGGGCCGAGGGAUCUCUUUGCGGGGGGUGAGAAGUCGGGGUUGGCGGUUCAGGAUCCCGGCCAGCGGUCGUCGGAUCCGCGCAGGCUGAUUCAUGAUAUUGUGGCCAAAGCCCGCUCAAACACCCAACAACCCUCAGCCGACGAACCCGCCGGCCCGUCCUCCCGCACCCGAUUCCGCGGAGCCGGCCAAAUCCUCGGCGGCGACGGCGUCGAAAGCCGCGUAGUCCCCGACCCGCGCGGCAGCGCCAUCCCGACAGCCCCCGCUCCCGACGGCCCGGUCCAGGAACGCAUCCUGCACAUCUGGAACGACGGCUUCAGCAUCGACGACGGCGAGCUGCGGCGGUUCGACGACCCACAGAACCGUGCCGACUUGCAGAUGAUUCGCGAGGGCCGCGCGCCGAUCCACCUUAUGAAUGUGCGGCUUGAUCAGCGUGUGGAUGUCAAGUUGCAGCAGCAUAAUGAGGAGUAUCGCGUUCUACCGAGGGUGUACCGGCCGUUUGGCGGUGAGGGCCGUCGGUUGGGAAGUCCUGUUCCCGGUGAGGGUGGUGUUGCUGCGGCGGCUGCCCCCGAGGCGGCUGCUACCCGUACAACACCUGCUGCUUCUGGCGCUGGUUCCAGUGGCCAGGGAACCUCGACUAGGGUGGAUGAGUCGCAGCCGACGUUGACACUGCGGAUCCAACUGCCUGAUGGGACCCGUCUUCCCGCGCGGUUUAACACGACGCAGACUGUUGGUGACGUGUAUGACUUCAUUGAGCGCUCGUCGCCGGAUGCGGGCGGGCGCAGCUGGGUGCUGUCCACGACGUUCCCGAACAAGGAGCAUGAGGAGAAGGGGUUGGUGUUGGGCGAGAUGGCUGAGUUUAAGAGGGGAGGCACGGCGGUGGUUAAGUGGAAAUGA